AUGUCUUUUGCCAACUACGAUAUCGAGGCUCAAAAGCCUGCUCCUGGAGCCAAAAAUGGGUCUCCUCCUUCUGAAAUAGACCAGAUCGUGUCGUCUACAUCCUCCCAAGUCCAGACAUUCGGUUCUUUGAUCUCACAGUUCAACUCCCAACGAAGACUAGUGGGAAGCAAAAGAGACGGGGCACAGCUUCGAGAAAAGCUCGAUUUGCUCCAGACCAAGAUUUCAGAUUUGGAUUCGGCCAUUUCAGUGCUUAUCAUGAAUAUCAACAAAGCCAUGGAACUGAGCCUUGAGGUUUCUGAGCGCCAGGUUAUGCAGAAAGAGAGGCUUUCUCUGGACUAUAACGACCUCCAUCGGAACUUCCGCUCAGCCCUGGACUCGUAUAAUGAAAAGAAGCUCACUGUGCCGCUUAGACAAGUUUCCGAAGAAACUCCAUUACUCAAGGAGUCGCAAUCACAACCCCAGCAGCAGCAACAGCAGCAGCAGCUUCAACAAGACGAGAUUGACCAGACUGAACUCCAAUACCAUCUCCUUUUGACCGAGGAAAGAAACCGUGAAAUCGACCAAGUCACAGAAAGCGUUCGUGAAGUCAAUUCCAUCUUUAAAGACCUAGGCACUCUUGUCAAUCAGCAAGGUGAACAGUUAGACACCAUUGAAGAGAAUGUCCAACAACUACACGGCAACACCCAACAGGCCUCACGUGAACUUCACAAAGCCCACGAGUACCAAAAACGUAAGAGCAAAUGGAGUUGCAUUCUCUUAGUAGCUCUCAUGGUGGUCGUGCUCGUGGUGGUUUUGGCUGUGGUAAGUUGA